AUGUGUAGCACCUUUGAACCCUCCGUACAUGUUCGGUUCUCUAUCCCUGCCGUACCUAUCCGCGUCUCAUUGACGCGCCCGCUCCGUAUUAAAGACUUCGGGCUGCGACGCAUCAUUGCGGCGACGCAUCACCACUCGGCACCCGGAGCAGCCAUGCCAGAGGCUCCCGUUCCGUUCAUUCUCUCCACAUUCUCCAGCCGUACGAGUCCCGAAGACCGAGACCUGUAG